UGUUUUUUUGUCCUCUCCGAGGGGGGUUUGCUUGCAACGCCGAGCAGUCAACGGGUAGCUCACCGGCCGGAGCUUGACUCUGCAUAACUAGAUUGUAUUACACUUCAUCACCAUGCUCACCUGCUGAUCAGGAUCACAUCAUAGUUUAGUCCACUCCGUUGCCGAGACAAUCUCGCAAAAGCAAUGCAAGUGUGCAGCCAGCGACAUGUUUCCUCCACAAGCUUGGAAAACCUGGGUCUGAGCCAGCUCAUACCUCCGUCUCAGCAGCCAUCACUCAGACACCCUUCCUGCUCAUGUUCGCUCCGUGCUCUGAAGUUCUGAACUCACACGCCCAAUGCGCUGCAGCAGAGAACACCUGGGAGUGACGCUAUGGCUCGCCUUCUGCUUGCUGCGGCUGCACGCGUUCCAGUUCCCCAUACCCUUCCUCGAACCCUACACGAGCCAGCAAGACGUUGAUGCCAUCAACGAUCUGUACGCGGCACUAGGCUCGCCGGACCUCGACGGCUGGACGGAGGUAGGAGGAGACCCCUGCAAAGAAGCAUGGAAAGGAGUGCAGUGCGAUGGCCCGAACGUAACCGCGAUAGAGCUCCAAGGUGCAGGCUUGGGAGGGAAGCUGAGCCGGACACUAGGAGACCUCACUGCCCUCACACUAUUAGACCUGAGCAACAACCAAAUCGGCGGCACCAUACCACAGAGCUUACCACCUGCACUUACACAACUAGAUCUUUCUUCAAAUAGCCUCAGCGGCGAACUUCCGGAUUCCAUGGCAAAGCUAAGCUCACUGUCAACAUUACAUGUGCAGAACAAUCAGCUAUCUGGGACACUCGAUGUGCUAAAAGAUCUUCCCCUGACAGACCUGAACGUAGAGAAUAAUCAAUUCUCAGGGUCAAUCCCAGAAAAGCUUCUCUCUAUCCUCAAAUUCCUAAGAGAUGGCAACAAAUUCAACAUACCACCGAUCCCCGGCUUUUCUCCAACUCCGCCGCCGCCGCCACCUGUACCAUCCACAUCACCUCCUUCUCCUCCAAUUCCUCCUAAGCAUGUGCCAGAAUCAGCUGCACCACAAGAACCUCCGGUCCUUUCUGGUUCACACCCUCCCAUAUAUGUGAUUCCAGCUACUCCACAGGAUGCCCCUCAGAGACACAACAACAAGGUGUCACCGGCGAAAGCCGCCGGGUUCAGUAUCCUCGCCGCCGGUUCAGUGAGCAUUACUGUGGUUGCAAUCGUGUUAACGGUAUCGAGAUGGCGCCAGAAGAGAACUCUCCGUGUAGGAUUCCUUAGAGGAGUUGAGAUGAGCACGCCGGGUUGGGUGAGGGAGCCUCCUAGAGUGGGUGCAGUUGCCAGACCAGAGAGAGAACGCCAUUCAGGUGCUGAAGAGAAGAUUCAUUGGCCUCCGAGAGAUUAUGUUAAGGCGGCAGGAUCCUCGAUACACCCAUCAUUCAAGAACAGCAACAAGGACAUCACUGUGUCAGACUCAGAUACGAAUGUUCAGGGAAGUUCAGAAGGCCAACCUCAGCAAUUUCCUUUCACAUUCUUUACUGUUGCAUCCUUGCAGCAACACACCAACAGUUUCAACGAUAAGAAUCUGAUCAGGGAGACCUGUUUCGGCAAAAUUUAUUUAGCAGAUCACCCAGGAAGCAAGUUUUCAGUACUGAAGCUUGACGGUGGCACCACGAACAUGCCGGUGGCCGAAUUCCUGAAGAUUGUUCAGGGCAUCUCCGAGCUCCGGCACCCGAACGUCGAAGAACUUGUAGGGUGCUGCGUGGAUCACGGCCAGAGACUACUCGUCUACAAGCACUUCAGCGACAACACCCUCGACGACAUGAUGCGUUUCGAGCACCGGGCGUCUGACGCAGCUGAGACGCUUCCCUGGGAUGCCCGGGUAGCUGUCGCUCUCGAAGCUGCAACAGCGCUGGAGUAUCUUCAUGAGGGGAGCCACAAGCAGGUGGUUCACCGGCAUUUCAGGCCAGAACACAUCCUCGUCGACGGCGAGCUCCGGGUGUCUAUCUCCGGAGUUGGCCUUGCUCCAUUUGUGCCUCAGCUUCAGAUGUCAGACUACUGCAGCGGCGCGCUGAGCUACGAGCCGCCGGAAGCGGCGGACCCCGCCGCGGCGUGGACGGCCAAGGGCGACGUCUACAGCUUCGGCGUAGUGAUGCUGCAGCUCCUCACCGGGCGCAAGCCCUACGACAGGUCCCGGGCGCGGGGCGAGCGGCACCUGGUGCCGUGGGCGAGCCCGCGGCUGCACGACCUCGCCGCGCUGGGCAAGAUGGCCGACCCGCGCCUCGGCGGCGCGCCGCCGGUCAGGUCGCUGUCGCGCUUCGCCGACAUCGUCGGUCGGUGCGUUCAGCAAGAGGCGGAGUUCCGGCCCGCCAUGUCGCAGGUGGCGCAGGACCUGCGGCGCGCGCUGGAGGAAGCGCGCGGCGGGGCGGGGAGCGGCGGCGCUGCACAAGUUUAGCUAGCUGCUGUGCUCACCGAUCGGCUCGCUCGGCAGCUUCAUGGGUACGGUGGGUGGAAUGGAAGUGCACGGUGGUGCAUCAUGGCAGUUAGCUGACGCGAUGCAAGCAUGAUUGUAAUCGCGUAGUAAAUUGAUUGUGUUCUUCACUUUUGUAAAGAUUAAGUGAUAGCAAAGCGGGCAAAAUUGAGCAUUUUCACCAUAACAAUUAUGUAGCAUAUUUCACA